CCAAAAAUGUUUUGAAUAGAUCAUUCCUUGUCUGUGAUAAUAAAAAUAACGUAAUGGCUAAUACCAAAGUAUACAAUAAUAGUAUCGAAGAAACAUCUUUUUCUUCAAAUAAUAAUAUAUCUCUGUCAAAUUCUCCAUGUGCAGUUAUAUUUUCACCUUAUGUAGUUUGUAGUCGCGGAAAAUCUAAUGCUAGAAAAGAACAACAAUUAAAACGUGGUUUUAGUUUUGGUCGUUCGCCAAGUGAUGAUAUUCCUACGAAGGAUACUGUUAUGCAAAGUUUAAAUAUUUCAAUUGAAGAAGAAGAACGUACUGCACAAUAUUUUCAUUUUCUUUUAAAUAGAGAAAUAGAUAGGUUAACUGAAUUACGUAAAAAAUGGAUUAAGAUUAGGACGGAACCUGAAACUACAAAAAGUGGAAAAUAUGAAAUAAAUCAAGCUAUUGGACAAAUUAAUUUGCUAAUAAGCAAAAGAUUUGAAAGAUUUCGUACAUUAGUUACUGAUUGUGAAGUAGGAAAAGGUGAAAUGUUAGUUACGUGUAAAGAUUUACAAGGAUUUUGGGAUAUGAUGUUUACAGAAGUAAAAAAUUGUGAUUCACAAUUUGAAAAAUUGGAAAAAUUUCGUUCACAAGGCUGGAAAGAUACAAAUUUAUUUUCUAAUAAUCAAAUUACUAAAAAGAAAAUUAUAUCUGCCAAAUCAAAUUCCAUUAAAGCUUUUUUAGCCGAAAAAAAAAGCAAAAUGACAGAAAAAAAAAUAAAAAAUAAUGAUGAUUCAAAUAAAUUGAAAUGUAAUCUAGAUGAUACUAUAAAUAAUAAGUACAUAAAGAAUGAAAGUCCUAAUAUAAAACAUAAAAUAAAAUCUAUGUUUACCGGAUCUAAUGAAGAAAAGAUUACACCUCUGAAACAUGCUAAAAAAUUAAGUCUAUUGCAGAAAGUACAAUUAUCUGGAUCAUUAAAAAAAAUAAAAAGUCCAUCAACAAUAAAAAUGAAUUUGUGUAAAACACCAGAAAUUCAAUUAGAUGAUUCAAUAUCCUAUAUUAAUUCUAAUCAAACACCUGGAAAGAGUAUAUUAAAACAAUCAACAACUAAAAUAGAAUCUCAUGAGAAAUCAUCAAAUAAAGUUAAUUUUGAUGAUCAUAUAAUUUUAAAUGAAAUACCAAUUGAUGAAGAAACACAGAUAAAAAUGGAUUUGGCUGCAGCAUUAUCCAGAAUUGAUAAUUUUGACUUUGAUAGUCUUCGUGAAGAAACAAAUGAUAUACGAAAAAAACUUCAUUUUAAUGAUUCUAAUUCUGAUGAAUAUGAAGAUGAUAUAAGACAAGAAUUAGAAUUAAAAGUUAAAAUAAAAAAUAAUAUUAAUAAUAUAACUUGUAUGCAAACACAAACAUCAAUAUCAUUGCAAGAAUUAAAUGAAAGUAUCUGUAAGCCACAAAAAAAAAAUAUUACAGCACAAACAAAUAUGAAUGAAAAUGAUAUAAUAUUAAACCAAAUUAAACAAACAUUACCUUUAAAUAUAAAUACCUCCACACCAUAUAAAAAAGAUAAAGAUGAUAUAUAUUUAAACAUAUUAAAAGAAAAACAUAUUUCUGUAAGUGAUAAAGAAGAAAAUCCCCAAAAUAAUGAAUGUAUAAGAGUUUUAAGAAAUAGAAGUAUUUCAAUAGAUACAUCUAUAGUUAAAAAAAAAUCUUUCAAAAAAGAAUCUACUAAUAUACAAAAACAAGAAUGUAAAGAGAAUGAAACUCAUUUAGAUAGAAGAAAAAGAAGAAGUUAUUUUAAAAACAAUAUUAAUGAUAAUGAAAAGACAAAUAUAAAUAAUUACGUUCAUGAUGUAUGUUUAGAAGAAAAAGACAAUAAAAGAAGAUCCACUAGAAGUGUAAAAUUUUCUGGAAUAGAAAAAGAACAAAAUAAAGUAAAUAAAUCAAUUCUACCUGUAACUUCUUAUAUUAAAAAAAGGAAAAUAUCUUCCAAAACUAAUGAAAAAAAAAAUACAUUGGUAGAGAAUUCCUCAGAGAUAUCUAAGAAACAACGAAUCAGAAGAUCUCAAAACAAAAAAAUAUAAAUUCUACUUUAU